GGAAAGGGUGGAAGUGUCACCGGGUUGUCCUGGCGUUAGGUAUAGGGGGCUUCUGUCGUGUUUCACCUGAAAAGAUCCAGUGACAGGGUAUGCACGUCGACUAUGGCGUAUUUCGCAAAGUACAGAAGAAGUCGAAGUGCUUGUGCAUUAUGAUUGUGUGCGCGUGCCCCUCUCGGGACAUGGAUGUCGAGUACAUGUGUUUGAAAUGCGUCGAGGCGGGUUUGUAUUCGGUGCGACGCGCAGACAGACGGCACAGCACAGGAGAGGCGACAAGAUUUGUUACAUGCACCUUCUGCUGGUAUGUGUAUUUAUUUUUGUUCCUAGAUAACGUCAUGUACGACUCCCAUGUGGGAUGCGAGAUCAGAGCCAAAGAAGGGUGAGCGACAUGUCAGA